CUGAAACUAGCUUCAUAUUAUGGUGAUGACAUGGUACUACAGAGAGGUCCUCAAAGGGCUAUUUUAUGGGGAACAGGCAGUAAGAUUGGUGAUAAGGUUACAGUCGAGAUUAAAGGAGGUGAUAGGAGGCUUCAGGUGUGGACUAGAAUAAUCAGAAAUAAAGAAGCAGAAGAAAUUAUAUGGAAAAUAAAACUUCCACCUAUAAAAGAUACAUUUACAUUUAAUAUAUCGAUCUCCUCAAGCGAAGGCCAACUUUUGAUCAGGGAUGUACUGUUUGGAGAUGUUUGGAUAUGUUCGGGACAAAGUAACAUGGACUUUGCUAUGAAUAGUAUUUUUAACAGUUCUUUAGAAUUGGUCAAGUCAUUGACAUUUAAGAAUAUACGUGUGUUGAGGAUAGGUAAAGAUGAAUCCCUUCAACCUUUAGAGGAUGUAAACAUAAUCAAAACAAAAUGGUCUUUACCAACGUCUUAUUCUAUACCAAGUUUUAGUGCUGUAUGUUGGUUAUAUGCUCAAUACAUAUUUCCAUCGUUAUUGUAUCCCAUAGGAUUAAUUCAAUCCUCUACAGACUCAUCAUCAAUAGAAGCAUGGUCAUCUUCAGAAGCAAUUACCAAAUGUCCAGAAUCAAAUUCAGAUAGUGUGAGAGAAAGUCUUCUAUGGAAUGCCAUGAUACACCCUCUAUUAGACACGACAAUUUAUGGUGUUCUGUGGUACCAAGGAGAGCGAAAUGCAUUGCAUCUUUCUUCGAAUGUUCCAAAUUAUUCUUGUCAGUUCCAAGCUUUGAUCGAAGAUUGGAGAAGUAAAUUCCACACCCAUUCUAAUGGUGAAACGAAAAAAGAUUUUCCUUUUGGAUUUGUUCAGUUGGCAUCAUACGAAAAUGACCCAGAUAUAAUUGGUACGUUUCCAGAUUUACGAUGGUCUCAGACAUCUGAACAGGGUAAAGUACCGAAUGCGGAUAUGCACAAAACAUUUAUGGCGGUUGCUAUGGAUUUACCCGACUUUAAUUCACCAUCUGGAGCAAUUCACCCGAGAGACAAGCAAGAUGUUGGUUUACGGUUAACAUUAUCUGGUAGAGCAGUAGCCUAUAACGAUAAACACGUUGAAUACGAAGGUCCUUUUCCAUCAAAAUAUACCAAGGAUUCCAGAACACGAGGGAUUGAAAUCACGUAUAAUAAUGGUAAAAUGCCAAUAGAAGUGAGGUCUGAAGUUGGUUUUGAGGUAGUUUGCUGUAAUGAAAAUACAAUAAGAUGCACCAAUGAUACCGAAUGGAAAGCAGCGCCAAUUGAAACAAAAACAAAUACAUCGGUUGCCAUUAGUUACGAUGUAUGCAUGGGAAUAGCUCCUUCUGGUAUCAGAUAUGCUUGGCGAGAAAGUCCUUGUGACUUUAAAUUGUGUCCAAUUUAUGGUGCAGAAACUGGUCUCCCUGCUCCUCCAUUUAUAAAACUUUCACGAUUCUAG